UAGAGGGCGCCGGCAAGGGGCAAAGCCGAAGAUCAGGGUUGACUCUUCUGCCAUCUCAUCCAUUGCAAAUCGGAGAAGGGAAAGAUUUCAAGGGGCGGGGGGUGUUGUUUGAGGGAAACAAGGCACCUGGACCGGGGCCCGGUUUAUUUAAACCGGAGGGCAACGGAGCUCUUUCCUCUCCCUGAAAAGAGGCUUUGCCCGCGGCUGCUGUGCCUUUAAGAACCGCCCGGUGCGGAGGCAGCUCAGGACUGGGAGCUUUUAAGGGGCUUUUUGCAAAAAAGCCAGGCGGCCGCUCUCUCGCUUUCUCCGCCUCCCUUGCUGGAUCUGCACCGGUGCCACAGCCAGAGAUGGAGGAGCGACUCAUCUGGCCGUGACGUGACCGGGAGUCGCCAUUCGCGUGGAAUUGUUUUGCACGGUUUGGAGACGCGGGAUCGGCGAGGUGUUGCUGGUGGUUCAAAGGAAAGGGGCGGAGCUAGGAGAAGUCCUUCUUAAUUCCAACAUCCUGGCCAGAACCAUGCCAUAGAGCUCAAGGUCUCUCCAAGCACAUCAUCCGGAAGUGGGAGUUGCCAAUAAAGGUGUGAGCAGCUGGUGGGACCAUGCCACACCACCGAGGCUGUCUCCGGUUACUGGCUGCUUUCUGCCUCACCUUCCUUUUCCUCACGUUCACCGCCUCUUAUAAACCUGUCAUCGUUGUCCAUGGCCUGUUUGACAGCCCUUCUGACUUCCAGCUUUUGCUUAAUUUCAUCAAUGAGACUCAUCCAGGAACCAACGUUUCAGUUGUGGAUUUGUUCGACCGAACGGAAAGCUUGAAAUCUCUAUGGAUGCAAGUGGAGGGGUUCCGACAAGCGAUUUACCCCAUUAUGCAGAAUGCUGUCGACGGGGUCCACCUUUACUGCUACUCACAAGGAGGACUCAUUUGUCGUGCUCUGCUUUCUACGAUGCCCGACCACAAUGUGGACACAUUCAUCUCUCUCUCCUCCCCGCAAAUGGGGCAAUAUGGGGACACCAAGUACUUGAAGUGGCUCUUUCCACACUACAUGAAAAGCAACCUCUACCGCCUCUGCUACACACAGCUGGGUCAAGAUAUUUCCAUCUGUAACUACUGGAAUGACCCACACCAUCGAGAUCUUUACCUCAACAAUAGCAAUUUCUUGGCCGUGUUGAAUGAUGAGAGAUUCCACCCCAAUGCAAGUGCGUGGAAGAGAAACCUUUUGCGUAUCCGCAAGCUGAUCCUGAUCGGCGGCCCAGAUGACGGGGUCAUCAUGCCCUGGGAAUCCAGUAUGUUUGCCUUCUACGAUGUUAAUGAGACGGUAAAGGAUAUGACAUCUCAGCCGGUCUAUCUCCUCGACACGUUCGGCUUGAAGACUCUGGACGCUCGUGGCGACAUUGUUUUCUGCAAAAUGGCCAAUGUCUCUCACACGAACUGGCACUCCAACCGCACCGUCUAUGACACAUGCAUUGACAAAUGGCUGACGUAGCUGGCCAAGCCUGGGAAAAGGAAGAGGAAGAAGAAGGAGAAGAAGGAGAGAGAGAGAGAGAGAGUCCAAAAACUCUUGAGCUUUGUUCUCUGACCUCAACUUGGCAUUUAUUGUCCCACAGUGAAAACAAUUCAUCUGCCUGUAACUUUUCUAGGAAUGGAUUAUUAUUAUUUUUUUCAGCAGCAGAAGAACUUUUUCCCUGCAGGACUGGUGGAAGCUAGUAGCAAAUUUGGGUGCUCGAAGAUGCUGCGUGGAAGGCCUCAAAUGAACUGGAUCCUUAGUCCUUUGUUGUGGCUAAACUACCACACAAAACAAACAGACAAAAAAGAAGACCGCAAACAGAUUACAGUUACGUGUAAUCAAAUAUAUCCAAAAGUCAUAUUUUCUAGUAGCCAGCCUAUGGCAGAAACACAGUAACUGUGAGAACUGGAGGUAUUUACUCUUUUUAGGUUUCAACUCUGGUGUUUAGCGUCAUUUGAUCUCCAGUUUGGAAAUGUUUUAGUUGCGUAGAUUAUAUUUUUCAUAUUGUAAUAAUGCAACAGCUAUCCAGGACUGGGUUUAAAAGAGACCAGGCCAACGUUUGUGAGAACAAAUUCAGGGGGGAAAAAAUCUUACCGUUGAUCCCCUCAGUUAAUUUGAGUUUUGUGCUCCAAUUAUUGCUUUGACUUUCACCAGAGUGGGAAGAAAAGUAAAUGUGUAAACUUUGAUCCAGAAUCCAGUUUGACGCCACUAAAGAAAACGCCAAUGGAAUGCCAGAAAACCCAAAUAACUCAAGAGUUCCAGCGGAAAGCAUAUUUUUGUGUGUGUGUUUCUUUACAUAACCAAGCUGGAAAUAGCUCAAGGAUCCCUGCCUCCAGUUAUACAUCAAAAUCAAUAUUAUAAAUUAUCAAUUGACUUUGGGAGGGCAGAUUGGAUCGGUGUAUACGGUAUUUCCUCUCUCCUUAGAAGCACAACCUCAGGAUGGCAACAGAAAGCCAAUUUAGAUAAAAAUGUUCAUGAUCUUGAUUUUAUUUUUUAAAAAAAUGUGUAUUUAAGAGUGACUAGCCAUUUUUAAGAGACCAGAACUUUCAAUAAGGUGACCUUUCUUUCUCCCUAUUUCUAGAGCAGAAGCUUCAUAGCUUUGCGUGCAAACAGUAUUAAACUCUUACAUUUUUAUCAAGUUACAAUAAGAUGUUUACAUGGACUCAGGUUUAACUUUUAACAUUAGAUCAGGUAUGAAGGAGGAAAUGAGUUAAAUUUAAACUAAGAUUCCAAGCGGAUGCUUAUCAUUAGACAUGAGGUGUGUGUAAAGUAUCUUUUGCCUUCCAGAUGUUUUUGAACUUAAGUCCCAGAUUCUGGGGGCUGCUGGUGGUUUAGCAGCAUCUGGAAGCUUACAGCUGUGUACUUCAUGUAAAAAGUCUUUACAAAUGAACUUGGCAACCUUCUUACAGUGAAAAUAUUCUUUGGGGGAAGCAAUCAAGAAUGUGACACACACAUACCUGUAGUUUAAAGUGAUACAAUCCUGUUACUUGAAAACGUUGGCUUAAAAAAGUUACUAAAAGUUUUUCUUCUGAAAUCCCCUUUUACAUAUUUCCAGCUGGCUUCUAUCCUUCAUAAGGACUUCCAGUCAUUAUGGUUUGUGAGCUCUGGUUUACAGUUUAACCAUGAUGGGGGAGUUGAACCACUAGAGAUUCUGGGCAUCCACCUUUGGCUUUGGGUAUCCCCAAAUUCUCCCUUUUGCUUGUUUAGGAGGAAGUGACACAACUGAGUUGCCUUCCAGUAAAUAAAGCGACCCACAAAUUUGACACAGAGGGAUUACAGCAGUGGUGGGAUUCUGUCAGUUCGGACCGGUUCGGGUGAAUCGGUAGCUCCGACGAUCAGAUGGGCCCACCUGCCCACGCUAUUUUCCUACCGUGUUUUCCCAAAAAUAAGGCCCUGUCUUAUAUUUUUCUGAACCCCGAAAUAAGCGCUUGGCCUUAUUUUCGGGGAAGUCUUAUUAUUUUAGGGCACGUGGAGCAAGACGGGGAUCUUCUUGCCAUCUUACCUGAUUUCCAGCUGUCUCCCUAACCCUAACCAGAGGAAAUGGCGGGGACCGGCUAUGCAUGUGUUUAAAUAUUUUUAGAGAGGGCUUAUUUUCUAGGGUGGGCUUAUUUUCAGGGAGGGCUUAUUUUCAGGGGAGGGCUUAUUUUUGGGGAAGGGCUUAUUUUCAGGAAAACAUGGUACCUUUAUCUCCUUAGCUGAUUUGCGCAGCAGAGCUAAUUGCCGCACGAAUCAGCUGUGUUACUCCUCCGAAGAAACACGGAAGUGAAGAUUUCUUCAAAAUGUGCACGCGCGCACAGCAUGCGUUACGUGUGGGCGUGCGCAAAGCAUGUGAUCACCGAACCGGUUAUUAAACCGGGAGGAUCCCACCACUGGACCAGAAAUUUGCCAGUCUAUUGAACUAGAAGCACUUGUGACUUUUUUGAUGCCCUCCAGCAGGGUGGGGAUAGGAUCAGGUUUUCAGGGAAAAAAUAAUUUUGAGAGAAAACUCUGAGAAUCAAACAAGAGACUCUCAAGUGUCUUUUGAUUUGAAUACUAGAACAACAUCUCUCCAUACAAGAGUGUGAUAUUACCUCAGACUGUUACGGUGAGGCAGGAUUAUCUGAAGAGGUGUGUUCCUUGUUUUGUUGCUUUUUGCAAAAAAAAAAAUUGGGGAUCAGAAACACUUGCUAAUUUGCUACAGGUAGCCCAGAAAACAAGCAAUUCAUCCCAAUCCGUUUUCUCUCCAAGGCCGUUCCUUCAUUCAUACAUAAAUAAGUAUAGAGAGCCAGCUUGGUUUAGUGGUUAAGGCACCAUGCUAGAAACCAGGAGACUGUGAGUUCUAGUGCUGCCUUAGCCACGAAAGCCAGCUGGGUGACCUUGGGCCAGUCACUCUCUCUCAGCCCAACCCACCUCACAGGGUUGUUGUGGGGAAAAUAGACGGAAGGAAGUGUAUCUACAUAUGUUUUCCACCUUGAGUUGUUUAUUAAAAUAAUAAAGGUGGGAAGUAAAUAAAUCUCCACAUUCACUCUGUACUAAGUGUGGCAGGAUACCUGGUUUACUGUUGGUCUGGGGCACUUACCCUAGAAGUAUUUCAAAAAUCUUGUCAAUCUUGUCAGAUCUUCAAUCUGGAAAGGAUAACACAGAGGAAUUGUGGCUUGAUCAGAGUACAUGUUACUUUUAUUAUUAUUUGAGACAUAGAUACAUAGAAUAAUAGAAUUGGAAGAGACCUUGGAGGUCUUCUACUCCAACCCCGUUCAAGCGGGAGACCCUUUCAGACAAGUGGUUGUCCAAUCUCUUUUUGAAAGCCUCCAGUGAUGAAGCACCCACAACUUCUGGUGGCAAGCUGUUCCACUGGUCAAUUGUCCUCCCUGUUAGGAAGUUUCUCCUUAAUUCUUCUCUCCUUGAUUAGUUUCAAUCCAUUGUUUCUCAUCUUGCCUUUUGGUGCUUUGGAAAAUAUUUUGACAUCCCCCCUCCUCUUUUUUGUAGGAGCCUCUCAAAUAUUGGAACAUUGCUAUCAUGUUUGAAUGAUCAAGACAAAUGUGUAUCAGACACACUUGUACAAUGCAAAUAAGGUUGUUGUUUGUUUUUUAAAAUCAUUUUUCAUCCCCAUUCUUUACCUGGGGUAGAAACAAGAGUGGAGAAGGAAAGGCAGGAUUCACACCAAUAAAAUCACAAAACACUA